AUGCAUCUACGUAUUCAUCAUCUAUCCUCUCACACUUCAGCUUCUACCUCUCCAAUGCCUUUCAGAAGCCCUGCGCUUCUGCUGCCUUUCCUCUUCUUCGCAUUGUUCGGAGUCGUCGCCGGCGUCUACCCCGAUGUCGAUUACAAGGACAUAACAGUAGGGGAUCGAGUAAUCGGCCGCCUUUACAAGCCGAAAACGUGCCAACCCGAUCAAAAACUCCCUUUCCUCUUCUUCGUCCAUGGCGGAGCCUUCAUUUUGUUCUCACCGUUCAUGAAGGAUUACGAUAACUACACCUCUGCAGCAACGAAGAAAUCCAAUAUCAUCGUCUUCUCCAUCGAUUACAGAUACUACAUCCCUAAAGCCUACGAUGAUUCCUGGGAAACCUUCAAGUGGGUGGCUUCCCACCGCUCCGGCUCCGGCCCGGAGCCAUGGCUCAACACGCACGUCGACUUUGACAAAGUGUACCUAGCCGGUGACAGCGCCGGCGCCAACAUCUGUCACAACAUUCUCAUGCGGCUUGUCGGCGGGGGCGGCCCGGAGGAGAGCAAGGCAGACGGCGUGGACAUCAAAGUGCAGGGGCUGGCCAUGCUGCACCCGUACUUUUGGGGGAGCAAGCCGGUGGGGACCGAGCCGACGGAUGCGAAAGGUAGGUCGUGGGCAGUGGGGAUUUGGCUGGCGGCCAUUAAAGCGUCGCCGCCGGAGAGCAGCAAAGUGGACGAGAUGUUGGAUGACGUGAGGGAUAACCCACUGCUGGACCCGAAGCUGGGGAGUCUGCCGGUGGAGAAGCUGCUGGUGAUAUACGGGGACGAGGACGUGUUGAAAGAUAGAGGUCAGGCGUACGUGAAGGCGCUAGAGGAGAAAGGCUGGCCCGGGAAGGCCAAGGUUAUGAGCUCGCAUGGUACGCACUGCUUUUUUCUGGCCGAAUUUGACAAAGAUCCCGAAAAGAUGCGCGUUUUUGAUCGUUUCAAUUCCUUCAUCUCUGGGGAGUGGCCCAUCCAAGACUAA